AUUGAAGAGGAGAGUUGACAUUAUUCAAUAUUUUUAUAAGCCCAAAGAACUCAAACAAAAAUCUGCUACGUAAUCGUUGUCGUUCAUUUCAUAUCCAUUUCGCAAUUUUUUUUUAUAAAAGGUCGCAAUUUCCCCGCCGAAUCGCCCCUACCUCCACCAUCAUUCCUCCGCCAUGGCAGCGACGGCCCCCAGCUACGCCGCAGCAGUGGAAGAAAUCACUACAAUCUACAAAUCCCUGCCGCCGCGGCCCUCCGUCGAAGAGGUCGCGGCGGCGAAUUCCGUGCUCCAGACUGUGGAAUCCGAGCAAAAUCUCCAGCUGGAGGAGAUAUCGAAGCAUCCUCCCCCGCAGGGCGUGCCGCCGGAGCUGUUCUCCGUUCUGCAGGAAGUGAAGAAGGCGAUGGUGUCUUUCCGGAGUCACGAGCAGCGGAAAGAGGCGGCGGACUUGGUGGAGCUCGAUCGAAUUCUUCAGGUUUUUGAUGGACUGAUUCAGAAGGCUUCUUCACUGGUUUCCGGGCGUCCCUUUCUGGGGGGAGAUGGAGAAGACGAUCGAGACGGCGAGAUCGUUGAGGAAAAGAGUGUGGAUUCUAGUGACGAUGAUGAUGUUGAUGGCGAUAGUGAUUUGAAGAGUAUUUAUCCGAUAAUUACCCCUUCUUCAAAAAUUGUUGCUCUAGCUUCAGCUGCAUACCCUGGAGAUGGAGGAUCAGAGAAACUGAAUCUGAUGGACGUGGCUGCAGCGAUCGAGAACUCAUUCAAAACUGGCGCGACACACUUAGAUCUUCGAGGCAAGCUGAUGGACAAGGUCGAAUGGCUUCCUUUCACUCUGGGAAAGCUAUCAACUCUCUCUGAGUUGAACCUAUCCGAAAACAGAAUUAUGGCCCUUCCGAAUUCUAUAGCCAGCCUCAAGACCUUAAUGAAGCUGGAUGUCCAUGGCAACCAGCUCAUAAACCUCCCAAGUUUGUUUGGUGAACUGCACAGCCUGACGGAUCUUGACCUGUCGGGGAACCUGUUGAAGUCUCUGCCUGAGUCUUUCAGGAACUUGAAGCUCUUGAUCAAUCUUGAUCUAAGUUCAAACCGGUUCUCAAAGCUACCUACUAUAGUUGGGGAUCUGUGUUCUUUACAAAGACUCAAUGUGGAAACCAAUGAUCUCGAGGAACUUCCCUACACAAUCGGGUCAUGUUCGUCUCUUGUGGAACUGAGAUUGGAUUUCAACAUGCUCAAAGCUCUUCCAGAAGGGAUUGGGAAGCUCGAACGCCUUGAGAUUCUUACUUUGCACUUUAACCGGGUAAAGAGAUUGCCCUCGACAAUGGGAGGUCUCUCUCAUUUGAAGGAGCUCGAUGCUAGCUUCAAUGAACUCGAGAGCAUACCUGAGACACUAUGUGAUGCAGUUAGCCUAGAAAAACUGAAUGUAGGGAAGAACUUUGCGGACCUAAGAGCACUGCCCGAAUCACUUGGAAAUCUCAAGAAGCUGGAAGAUCUCGACAUCUGCGACAAUCAAAUAAGAGUUUUGCCUGAUUCCUUUAGAUUCUUGUCCAGGUUGAGAAACUUUCGUGCUGAUCAAACGCCUCUUCAAGUUCCACCCAUGAAGAUAACAGAAUCAGGCGCGCAGGUAUGCUACGGUUGUUGUGUCAUGUUCAAAUCCAGACCACAUUCUUGGAUACUAACUUGCAGUUUUGUAUUUUUUUUUUUUUUUUUUGUGCAGGCUGUUGUGGAAUACAUGGCUAAGUUUGUUGUUGAGAGGGAUGAGAGGUUGGUGCAGAGAAAGAAGAAAAGAGGGGUGUUUGCUUACAUAUGCCCACUGCUGCUCUGUUUUGGCAUUGGGAAGGCUUGAUUUUUCGCCAUAAUGAUAAGGAAAUAUGAAUAUUAUGUCUACCUAUUUGUAAAUAUGUGUGCCUUCUAUUUAAUUUCGGCCUCUACCAAAUUACUAUCUCCCUAUUUGUGUGACUCAAUCAGAAACACUUUACUGUACAUAAAAAUGAGUGGAACAUUAAGAUUUCAUUUUGUUUAGAUUUUCA